AUGGAAGGACAUCCUAUUAAAAAGCUCAGAAAUAGAGGUCUGAUUGACUUGGAUGAGGAGACUGCUUCCUUUGAAAAGUCUUGUGUCAAGAUCGUAAACAAGAGAGAAGAAAAGAAGAAUGAAUAGGCAGUCAACAAUAGUCCUCAUGAAUUAAGUUAGCAAUCUGUUGCUUCAAUGCAAAUAAUCAGUCCAAUUAGAGAAAGAGAUGCUCAGUAGCUGACUGAAAAUUAACCAGGGUAGGAAUCAAAGAAUAAUAAGUCUGAGCCAACAGAUUUAUAACCAAAGAAGAAAUAGUCUUUAUUCGCUUAAAGAUUAUAAGCUAAGAAGUAAGAGUAAUAAACAGAUGAUACCAAGACUGAGCAGCCAUAAUCUUUUCCCUAAAUGUUCAAGGUUGAUCUGAACUCUCCUUAAUCAUAGAUGAAAACCAAUAAAAAUCCGCUUAAGCAACUAAGUGAAUUUAAGUAGAUUGAGGGUAUUGAUGCCAAUAUGCAUUAGGAGAAUCUGCAAAAACUCAGUCAAAUGUCCAAGGAAGAGAUCAAGGAGCAACUUGAAUUUCUUAAGAGCAACUUCAAUCCCAAGCUUUUGGACAAAUUAAAGAAUCUUGGAUCAUAAAAAAAGCCUGCAAACUCGACUCAAGAAGAAAGUGAGGAUAAUGAAGAAGUUAAGAGAAAUGAAAACUCAAAUAAACCAUUAAGUAAGCUUAAAAAUAAUCAAAAGAGAGAUGAUUAGCCAAUCUAAAUGUCAGAGGUUCAUGAUACAAUCAGCUAGGCACAUGAUAGUAUGAAUUUUACUCAGAGCUACCUUCUAAAUUUUAUGUUCAAUGCCCAAGGAAGAGUAGUAAUGAAGGAUGAUUAGAACUUGUCUGAGGCAGAAAAUGCUAUGGUUUAGGAAAGAAAUAUUAACUACAUUGACAGUGAGGAGUUUGAAAAUAUGGACUAAAAAUUCUUUACCUUAAAAGAACUUUAGAACUUGCUUGGCUCUUCUGAUUUAUACCAGAGAAAUUAUGCUUUGAGAUUAUUGAAAUCACUGGUGAAAUCAGAAAAUAUUUCAACAAAUGAUCUUUUUAAGCUUAUUCUCAAUAGAGAGCACACAAAGAUAAUUGAUAGACUAUUGAUACUCCUAGCUUAGAAUUAGAGAAUAGAUGCAAUUAUGCAUCUAUUUGAAGUACUAGAAUGUAUCAUACAUAGAUUAUUUGGGAACAUUUUGACUCAAUAAGAAAACUAUGAAAUAUUAAACUUAGCUGAAUUAUGGAAGUCUAAUUUGACCGUGAAUAAUCUAGCGCUGGUUCAAUUCAUUGAUAGCACAUAGUUGUCAAGCAGCAAUAAUGGCUUGAUACUUAAUGAUUUUAAGAUUAUGAGUGCUCUAACCAACGACACUGUCAUUGAAUAAAUAAUUAAGAAGCAGCUUAUUCUUGCAGAGAGACUCAUUUCUGAUAAUGAGGUACAUCAGUUGGUUGAUCAAUUAGGACUUAGACUUAACCUGCUGAAUUUGCUAGCUUAAUAUAGUUAAGAAGUUGCCAAGAUUAUCUAUGAAAAGUUCGUUAAUAAGUUACUAUUGAAACUGAUAGGAACUAUCAUGAAAUAUUGUGAUGAUUGGUGCUUACCACUUAAGAAUGAGUUUAUGCUUAAGCAGACACUUAAAGACUUUAUUACUAUGGUUACUUUAAGAGAUAUAAAAGUUGAGAAAUUAGGCAUAUCUAGGGAAUAUUUCAGAUUGCUGUCGAUCAUUCUCAAUUUUGAUCAAGGAGAUAUAGAAAUAAAUGAGUACUCUUUGAUUUUCUAAAAUGCUUUUGAGCAUUCACAAGAUCCUAUCUUGAUAGCAAUAAUGAUUGGUUCUCUAAAUUUCAAAGUAGCACAAAGCAAAGUUAAGGAUCAGUUAAUACUACCUGUAAUCACUUUGCUCAAGUAAAGAGAAGAUUUCAUUAAGAAUGAAGCAAUAUAAAAUAUAAGCUAAGAUUACAAGAUCAAACUUAUGACUUUGAAUUCUGAUAUUGGCUAGUUAGAAUAUGCUACAGACCUUCUGAAGAAUCAGCUAUCAACAUUAAAGGAUUUAAACUAAGUUUAAUACUAAGUAUAGUAGGCUUCAAUGAAUGGUUUGAAGCAUUAUUUUCUCUCAUUAAUCGAGAAUAAAAAACUGAAAAAGGCCUAGGUCAUAUCAAUUUUACCAUACUUACUACAAAUAGUCUCAAAAGAUGAUUAAUACUUCUUAAUGCUUUUACUUAGUUCUUAUUUAUUCAGUGAACAGUUUACAAAUGGAAAAUUAUUGGGAAAUGAUUAAGUUCUAAUGCAAUAAAUGUAUCUUAGCUAUUGUAUAUCUGAUUACUAAACUUAUAAAGUAUCAUAACCCAACUAUAUGCUUUUGAAGCCAGGUGAUUUUAUCAUUUUAAAAUCAUUGAUGCAAGAGCCUGAUAUGAAAAAUGAGCUCAUUAUACCCUUAUUAGAUGACUGGUUUAUCAAGCCUUUAUUCUACGUUACCAAUAGAGAUGACUAGAAUCUCUAAGGACUGUGCUAAUCCAUUUUCAGAUUUGUAGAUUAUGUGAAUCAGCAAUAUGGAGUCAAUUAUGCCAGAGAUUUAUUCAGAUUGACGAAUGAUGAAUAUGUGCUUUUGAUAACAAGGCUGUUGAUUCAUAAGGAAUUAAAUUUCAACAGAUACUCCAAGGAAUCAAUGUUCUUUUUUAUUCAAAAGAACUACUACAAACCCACUUAGUCUCUUUAGGUAUUUAGUGUAGAAAGAUUUGACAUUCAAUCAGAGAAUAGCCAAUUGAUAUAAACAUACAAAGAUGCUUUUAUGAAAGAUUCUUUCUUAAAUAUCUUAAGUGACUUCUUCAGAGAGCAACCUAUUGAUGAGAAUCCUAUUUUUCUCUUUAUCCUAAUAUUAGCACUGCAGAUUCAUAAUGAUCUUUAAUUUAGAAAGACUUUGCUUUCAGAUAUAGCUGAUGUUUACUGUUGCUUGAUGGUUGCUGAGGAGGAACAUUUAAGGAUUAGAUUAGAUAUAGCUAGUGUGAGAAAGUAUUAUAGAUCAAGUAAAAGAGAUCCUGAGGAGGAAAUGUUCUAUAUUGGAUUUUUUGAAAAGAUUAUGAAAUAGAUAAAGAACUAUCCUGAGGACCAAUAAGCCACUCUUGUGGAUUCAGUUCUGUUCAAUCUAAUUAAAAUUAAUUUCUGA